AUGUUCCCUGAGUCCGACCCCGCCCCCGCCGCUGCAAAGAAGAAGGCGCCAGCAGCCAAGAAGGCCGUAAAGCCGGCGCCAAGGCCGAGGAAACCGAUGCUCCCGAAGAGAAGCCAAGGAGGUACCCGUUGCUGCUGCUGCCGUUGCCGCCAAGCCCGCCAAGGUGGGCCGAAGGCGAGGUCAUCACACUCGACGGGGUUCGGUGGCGAGAUCGAGACCAACGACGGCAAGAAGACGACACUCAAGGCUCUCGUGGACGAGAGCAAGGCUGGCGUCGUCCUUUUCACUUACCCCAAGGCGUCGACGCCCGGAUGCACAACCCAGGUGUGUCUGUUCCGCGACUCGUACGAGCCGCUGACGGCUACUGGACUCGCCAUUUACGGCCUUUCGGCCGAUUCGACAAAGGCAAACACUACCUUCAAGGAGAAGAAGGAGCUGCCUUACCCUCUCCUGUGUGACCCGCAGAGGACGCUGAUCGGUGCAAUUGGCCUGAAGAAGGCUCCUUCCGGAACCCAGCGCGGUGUUUUUGUCGUCAACAAGGAGGGCAAGAUCCUAGCUGCUGAGCCCGGCGGCCCUGCCGCCACGGUUGAAGUGGUUAAGAAACUUGUCGAGGAACUGUCAAAGGGUGAGGCGGAGGGGGCGAAGGAGUGA